AUGAUUUUGAGUUUCUUUUCAUCCAAAAGUCGUAACCAUUUGGCUCGAGCUUUUCAUUCUGGUAAGCGUUUCUUAAACCCAAGUUCUGGAGAUAUUGUUUUCAGAGCUAUUUGUGUUAACUUGAAGCAUAGGAGAUGGAGUGUGUUGGAGCGACUAUCCCCCAAGCUCACCAGCUCCUUGGUGAGCCGAGUUGUUUGCGAGUUCCAGAACUCGCCACAGUUGGCUUUAGAUUUUUAUAACUGGGUUGGAGGGUUGUUCCCUCACUCAUUAGAUUCCUGUUGCACUUUGGUUCAUGUGCUGGUGAAGUCAAGAAGAUUUGAUGAGGCAUUAUUUCUUCUGAGAAAAUUGAUUACUGAAGAGGGCACUCCUCCAUUGGUGUUGUUGGAAGUAUUGAUAGAGAGUUAUCGAAGAUGUUGCUCUAGUAUUGCGGCUUUUGAUGCAUUGGUGAGGGCUUGUACUCAGGUUGGGGAUACUGAAGGUGCUUAUGAUGUCAUCUAUAAUUUAAGGAGCCGGGAUUGUUUCAUUACUAUUCAUGCUUGGAACAAUUUCCUAAAUCACUUGUUGCAAUUGAAUGAAAUCGAUAGGUUUUGGAAUUUGUAUAGAGGAAUGGGUUCUUUUGGUUACAUAGAAAAUGUGAAUACUUUUAAUUUGGUUAUCUAUGCUCUGUGUAAGGAAUGCCGACUAGUGGAAGCUAUUUCAGUGUUAUAUAGGAUGAUGAAGGGUGGAAUUUUCCCCAAUGUAGUCUCGUUUAACAUAAUCAUAGACGCGGCGUGCAAGAUUGGCAACUUGGGUCUUUCCUUGAAACUUUUAAAAAAGAUGAACAUGAUGUCAGGAGAUUUUGUCUGGCCCAAUUCUGUUACUUACAACUGCAUAAUCAACGGAUUCUGCAAGAAUGGGAAAUUAUUACUUGCAGAAGAGAUGCUUCAUAAAAUGGUCAAGGCAGGUAUAGAGCCGAGUGUUCGGACAUAUGCUACUUUGAUAGAUGGGUAUGCGAGGUGGGGAAGUUUGGAGGAGGCACUGAGACUCUGUGAUGUAAUGGUGGAAAGGGGAUUGGUCCCUAAUAAUGUUGUUUACAAUUCAAUUUUACAUUGGCUUUAUCGGAAAGGAGGUAUUGAGGAAGCUUCUUUGCUACUAACUGACAUGAUUGAUAAGCAUAUAUGCCCUGAUCAGUACUCUUAUGCAAUCCUUACCAAAGGCCUUUGCAGAAAUGGAUAUCUGAUUGAAGCUCUUAAGCUUCAUAGCCAGAUUUUAGAACAUAAUCUAAUACAGGAUUCUUUUUCUCACAACAUACUUCUUAACUAUAUAUGCAAAAGGAAAAACAUGACAGUAGCCAAGCAACUAUUGGGCAGCAUGAUUACCCGUGGCCUGGCUCCUGAUGUUUAUACAUACGGAACUGUGAUUGAUGGAUACUGUAAACUAGGUAACACAAACGACGCGCUUCAAGUUUUUGAUUGGAUGAUAAAGAUGGAUGAGAUGCCUAACUUGACAAUAUACAAUUCUGUCAUUAAUGGUCUGUGUAAAAUAGCCUCAAUAGAUGCUGCAGAAUACAUAGUUGAUGAAUUACGAAAGAGAAGAUUAUUUGAUGCAACGACCUUUAAUACCUUAAUUAGUGGAUAUUGCACUGGCGGACAGAUUGAUAAAGUGUUUAAUUUGACUAUGGAAAUGAAGAGCUUGGGAAUUUCUGCGAAUAGAGUCACGUAUAAUACACUGAUAAACCUUCUCUGCAAGUGUGAUUGCGAGGAAGAAGCAAAAGAAUUGAUGAAGAUGAUGAUUGUCCAGGGUAUUCGUCCUGAUUUUGUAACAUACACUACACUUGUUACUCACUUCAUCAAGACAUGUAGUCCUCAUGAGGUGAUUGCAUUGCAUGACUACAUGAUUCUAAAGGGAGUAGUCCCUCACCAGAAAACAUAUGAUACCAUUGUAGCACCACUUCUUUUAGAAGGAAGAAAUAAAAAGUCAUAA